UGUCAUGUCGUUGUUUUGUCAUUUGUUAUUCUACUGUGUGUAGUACUAGUAAAAUAAACAAGAUUUUGAUAAUCCGAAGUGAUUAAAAUAUGAAUAGUUUUUCAUUAAUUGCAGGAAAUUAAAAUUCAGAUAUUCGUAAAGAUAUUUACUGCUAGUGUCUCAUCUUUUAUUGUUGACAGAAAUGGAUGAUUUCAACGAACAAGGAACGGAAAUUUUCAGCCAUCACGGAGUAAUACUUCGUAGUGUGAAUGCAAAGGAAGGCGAUGAUGGCUUCUGUAAUGGUACACUCAGCAUUGUGCAAUACAGUUUUGGCAAGUGCAUCGAAUGGAAGCCGAUCGAAGUGUCGGAGGUAUCAGACUGCCCGGAACAGGAUUGGUCUCUUGUUACAACCGUCGGCCAACGAGCUCGUACAUUCAGCACUAACAGUGGGAGCUAUGAUGGACAGACGAGGUUGAAGCCGGUUCGUAUCGAGAUUAGAGAACUGAAGGCUUAUCAGGUGAAGAAGCACGGGAGAUAUUUGGUGCUUAUGCAGGCAGACGGCUCUUCACUCAACGCCUUCCACUUCCAGUAUGGCAAUGCAGACUGCUUCGUCAGUGCGAUGCGAGCGAUAGUACGCACUCGCAGAUCCGCAAGGGAUCGCAACUUGUACAUCGUCUUGGCAGAACGAAAUGAGGCGGAAUCAUUGAACCACUCUUUUGCCGAACUGAACCUCUUUUCAGAAGCUCCGACAGAUGUUGUUUGGAAGUUUAUGUCAAACUUGAAACACCGACCUUAUGAAACAACGAUGGAAACGUUUUCAAAACUUACGGAUGUGUUUUUGUACAAGCAUCCUGAGCAGCGGCCGGAAGAUGAGGUGGUGGACUUGCUGAACCGCAGCCUCAGCUCCGGGGAGAUGUUGAGCGGAGUGGUGGAGGGAGAAGAGGACUACCAGAUGAUCCCCUCCCUGCCGCCUCGUCCAACCAUUACAAGAGGACCGCCACUCACAGCCGAGCAGUGGGCGCAGGCCAAGGACGAGGAAGGAGUGAUAACAGACCCUGACUGGGUCAAGGACAAAGUGUUCAGAGGCGGUAUCAGCCCCUCACUGCGUCACGAGGUGUGGAAGUACCUGCUGGGCUACUACCCGUGGCACGCAACCACUGCGGAACUGCGGGAAUUACGAAAGCAGAAGGUGGAGGAAUACUUUCGCAUGAAGUUGCAGUGGCGCAGCAUGUCUAUGGGACAAGAGGAGAGGUUCUCCGACUAUCGGGACCGCAAAAGUCUCAUUGAAAAAGACGUAAACCGAACAGACAGAACUCAUCCGUUCUUCGAAGGAGAGAACAACUCCAACCUUGCCCUCCUGUAUGACAUACUGAUGACCUACGUCAUGUACAACUUUGACCUCGGUUACGUACAAGGCAUGAGUGAUCUGUUGUCUCCGAUACUUAUCUUGCUGUCCAACGAGGUAGACGCAUUCUGGUGUUUUGUGGGCCUCAUGGACAGAGUUUAUAGGAACUUUGACAUGGACCAGGCAGGCAUGAAGAAGCAGUUGUCACAGUUACACAGUCUGCUGGGAGCGGCUGAACCAGAGCUGGCUGGCUAUCUGGACCGUCAUGACUCAGGCAACAUGUUCUUCUGUUUCCGUUGGCUGCUGGUGCUCUUCAAACGAGAGUUCACCUAUGAUGACAUCCUAGUGCUAUGGGAGACUAUAUUCACUGAUCUACCCUGUCCGAAUUUCCACUUGCUGCUGUGUGUGGCUAUUUUGGACUGUGAAAAAGACAUUCUCAUCGAGAACAAAUACCAGUUCAAUGAGAUUUUAAAGCACGUCAACGACCUGUCAAUGAAGAUAGACUUGGAGGAGAUCGUGUGUCGGGCAGAAUCCAUCUACCACCAGCUAGCUGCGACAAAGGAGUUGCCCCGCAUUGUCAAGAGAACCAUCGGACUGGCCCCGCCUAGCUCCAGCGGAGACUCUACAGAGGACGAGGCGGAACUUUCGGAACACGACUGCGAGACUGUCCAUAUACAAGACACGACAGGUGAAGACGCGUUUGAACGCUCCAUCAAUCUCAACUAUCACUAAGGUUCAAAUCUUUGGUGCAAGUUUAUUCAGUUGGAAUAAAAAUUGUGAUUUAGUGGUUUGAUUUAAGGUAAAAAAAUCUAAUCUAUACUUUUUUGUCAAGAUGGAAAAACUUUAUUGAGUAGCUGAUGAAACAAGGGCGGCAGAAAUAUUAGGCAUCUGUGACCGUGCAUGAAUUGAAAUCAGUAUGAAAAUCAGUUAGGGAUGCGUUGAUCAAAGUCAACAUUUCAGUAUAAGAAUCGAAUGGUUUCAAUUCAGGCAAUUCUAGUUACAACUAAUUAGUCCAGGAAACCCAACCCUACAUGAGAUGCAUUUGAAACUGGAGUUUCUUAUUAUUUUUAACUGGACUGUAACAAGUCUGCACUAUAAGGCAGAUAUCAGGGGAAUCUCCUUUGGGAUUCCUAUGCACUUCAUAUACAAAGUUAUUGGUUUUGUUUUAACCAAGUUAGUAAGUUAAUUAUUUAUCUACUAUAUAGGCUAUGUGUUGAUCUUAUCUCUACUAUGUGGCUUUUAAUGUUGUAAUUUUAAAACAUCACUAUUCUACGUUUUAUACAAUUAUAAUAAUUUUAGUCGAAAGUAAAAAUAGUACCAAACAUUGAUUAGGCUAGGCCUAUUUCACCAUAAGGACUGCUUUAUGGAAUACACAGGAUUAGAUAAAAAGGUAAUUUUAAUUUUAUAAUAUUAUUGUCUUCUUUAGUUUUAAAAUGUUAAUACAACGAAUACAAAUAUACAGUGUGUAGCCUAAAUUAAGGAUUGAAACAAAUCUGUAUUUUUAAAAUCGAAAUAGGUAGAAAUAUUCUGUCUGUGGAGUUCGAUUCUUAACAAAGGUUCCGCAAUUUUUUACACCAAAAAAAUUGUUUAACCCCCCUAACAAGGUAUGGGGUAGGGGGUGACUUAUUUUUUGUAAAUAGCUACCCCUAUUGAGUGACCCCUCAUUUUGAAGGGCUUGUCAAAAGAAACACAAUGACGCAAACCCGAGGUGAAUACCUCACCCCUAGCCAAAAUGGCAGGCAUUCCAAAAUGGGUGCUUUUUCACAUAAAUCAAAUAUUGGAAUACCCGCCAUUUGGGCUAGGGAUGAAAUAUCUACCUUGGAUUUGCGCCAUUGUAUUUCUUUUGACAAAUCCUUCAAAAUGAGGGGUCACUAAAUAGGGGUUGUUAUUAAAAAAAAUAAAUCACCCUCACUCCCUACCCUGUUAAAGGGGUUAAAAAAUAUGGUUGAAUUAAAAAAAUGCGGAACCUAUGUUAACAAUCAAUUCCACUAACAGAAUAUUUCUAUCUAUUUCGGUUUUAAAAAUACAGAUUUGUUUCCAUAUUUGUGAAAUUGGUGCUUUUUUACAUACAGUUAAUAAAAUUUUGGAAUAUCUGUCAUUUUGGCUAGGGGUGAGAUAUCCACCUCGGGUUUGCAUCAUUGUGUUUAUUUUGACAAAUCCUUCAAAAUGAGGGGGUCACUCAAUAGGGGUUGCUGUUUGAAAAAAAUAAGUCACCCCCUACCCCGUUAGGGGGUUAAAAAAAAUUUUAGAUGUGAAAAAUUACGGAACCUUAGAUUUGUUACAACUUAAUUUAUACACUGUAUAACCUUGCUUCCAAUGGCUUUUGUUGAACUGUUUUAAGUUGUUCUUUGGUGAAACUAUUUUUUUCUAGUUAGGUAAAGAUUUAAUUUGUCUAUGAUUUGGAAUAGCUUUGGUGAUGUCUUACAUAGAUAUAGAUUAUGUUAAAAGCAUAUUAUUGUUUGUUUUUAAAGAUAUUUAUUUUCAGGUAUUUAUAAAUUUCUUAUU